UACCCCACUUUCCCAAUAUCACCAAUCCGUCACAUUUGUGUGUAGUUUUAGCGAUUUAGGCCAGAUGGGGAAAAAAGGAGGGAGCUAAAGCCACUCCGACAAGUCAAUCACUCGAUCGAUCAGCGCUCCCCUGCACAAGAAAAACAGUUUUCCGAAGCUUCGAGCCAGGACGGUUGGCGGCAGCCGCGGGGACGAUGGUCGGAAUCUUCUCCAGGUUCUCUUCCGGCGCCGGCCACCGCCGCGCCAAGAGUGCCGUAGAGGUUGUGGAGACAUUGGCGCCCAACAUGGAGACCGGGGAGUCUGAGCCGGCAGCCGAUCCUGGAGAUAGCCCACACGGCAUUGAGGUCGGCAUCGAGUUCAAGCCGGUGGAGCACCCUGUGGAGCCUGUCAACCUUGACCAACCAGUGAAAUGCCCGCUUCCUGAGCCAUCUAUACUGCAUGAUGGGAGGAUAUGGCAAGAGAGGAUGUCUACAGCGGGCGGGAGGCCGAGGACAGACCUUCCGGUCGUGAAGGAAGGAUCACAGCUCGAGCCCGACAGCAGCACCACAAGGUCGCGGUCUGCGCUCCGGAGGCGCGCCAUACUGCCCUCCGUGAGCGCCCCUGAGCAUAACAUCCUGGCGCUGCUUGACGAGUGCGACGUGCCUGAGACCCAGCGCCCUGCUGAAUGAGCCUGGAUGCCGUCUCGACUAUAUCUGUACAUUGUUGUAUCUUCCAUCACCACCGUCGCUACGAGCUGUGGAUACAGCCGUGUUGAAUCUCCGGUUGCAACUAGCAACAGGCUUUUGUGUGGAUUGUUUCUAUAUAUUUAUGUACACACUUUAUAUACCAGUGAAAAGAAAUCUGCACUUGCAUCAUCA